UUUGUAUACGUCAUAAACCAGGACUACGCGGUAUAUAUUGUCCACGUCACAUUGCACGAGACAUCACCAUGAUUUUAUAGUUGUUUAUACAAACUUUGAUCUACUUUACAUUAAAAAUAUUCAAUAUUCAUUGAUUUGGAAACAUCAGCUUUACUUCGAAAUCGAUAUAACAUCAUUUGCUAGUGACUGUGACUACAAAAUCGGAGACACAAGCGUAAGAGGACAGGGCCAGCUGUUGCACCGACAAAACCUAAGGAAGUUGGUUGAUUUAUUGGCAGACGACUCGGGAACGGAUGGCGCGAGAGAGGCACACGACUUCUGCACGCUCUUAAUAUGAAUGACUAGGAGUUAAACAUGAUUGAAGAUGUCUUCACAGAAGUUCUAAAACAGAUCAGAAGUAACUCAAACUUACAGAAGACGUGAAGACGGUAUUUCCAAAACAGCACAAUGAUAAUUUUCACAUUACUUGGGAUUCUGUGCCUGACCAGAAUGACUACCGGUAACCAUUGUACAGUCACUGGGACAAAGAAAAACAGAAUGGUGGACUUAGAUAACGCUGGAGACGGCGUCGUGGUGGCGUCAUUAGGAAGUCGGACAUCGAUGACGUCAUCAGAUUGUGUUAACACGUGUUGCCAUACAGCUGAGUGCGAUGUUGCUGUGUUCGACAGCAGAAAUGACAGUAAUACAGAUACGAACUGCCAUAUGUAUACGUGUGAAGGGUGCGAGCUAAAGAAGAAAAGUAGUUUCACCUCAUAUUUCAUCAGCAACGAGAAUGACGUCAAAACCACCACAAAAGGAUCUAUAAAUAGUGAUGCUUCUAGCACGCGGACAUCAUCCACAUCAUCACCAAUGACGACCUCUGAAAAAAAUAAUUCGCCAGAAUUUGAAAAGAUUGUGCUAAAUAAACCCACGGAUACAAUAAAUGUGACAGACACCGUUCCAGAGGCGGAAAACUCCGUGAAAGGAAAUUUACAGGAAUCGGAAAUAGAUAUUCCAUUGGUGAUUCCCGAUUUUGCAUCUAAAUUAGACGAUUCCGAGAUAAUACAGCCGGGUUCGGCCGGAACUGACAGGCCGACGAAAACUGCUUCACCAAACGUUAAUUCGGAUAGCAAUAUUUCUCCGGUAGUACCUGGGUCGAAAACGGGCGGUGUUACAUCCGACACAUCUGGGGCACAGACUAGCGAUAGUGAGUCAAACCCUUCAACGAAAACAAGUGACGAUUCCCCGUCUGGUCAAACAAACACGGAUACCAGUCCCACUUCAGAUAACACACCAUCAGAAAAAACACCAACAGGAUCAAAUGGUGAUACUUCAGGUUCUCCUAUUGACAAAAGUUCAUCAGAUACAUCUCCAUCUUCAGACUCAACUCAGAUAGACUCUUCUAGUGGAAAGCCAUCAACAGUUCCUAACGGGGAUUCCCCAAUAUCAAAUAUUGAUUCAAGUACAGAUACAGCAGCAACCUCGGAUACAGUGCAGACAGAAUCAUCUAAUGAUAAGUCAACAACGGACACAGAUACUGCGGUAUCAAGCACUGCAUCAAAAGUACCGCUACCUUCGGAUGCAACACAGAUUGAUUCAUCACAAGACAACCCGACGACAGACACAUCAGCCGAUUCCGCAGUGUCAGACACUGCUCCGAGCUCAGAUACAUCGCCACCUGCUGAUGCUACACAGUUAGACAUACCUCCCGGAAAUCCAACAGACGGAAUAUCAUCCGAUUCAAAUCCGCCAAGUUCCGACUCCGGUAGUCGGACGCCAUCACCGAAGUCUACAUCCGAAAAUGUACCUAAUAAAGAAGACAUUCCUACCACUCAAACAAAAGUUACUUCAUCAUCAGAUAACUCAAAAGCAGCACCAGUCGACUCCGUGACAUCAGGCAAUGAUGCUGGGAGUAUCAAUCCACCAACAUCGCAAACAGAUAAUUCCGAGACACCGAAAGCUACGUCAAAUUCUGCAACCACUGCAGAUCAACCAUCCGUUGCUGACGUGCCUGAAGGACUGCCCACUGAUGACGUGACAGGGAGUACAGCAAAACAAACAGGUCUGACAGACAAUCAGGCGUCGACAGACAGUGGUUCAAAGGCAGAAGAGGCAGACACACAACAAGCCAUCAAAACAACACCAAAACCUACAACACUGAAACCGACAACUCCAAAACCAACAACACAGAAACCGACCACUCUCAAACCAACAACACAGAAACCAACUACUCCAAAACAAACAACACAGAAACAAACCACUCCCAAACCAACCACUCCCAAACCAACAACACAGAAACCAACCACUCCAAAACAAACAACACAGAAACCAACAACUCCCAAACCAACCACUCCAAAACCAACAACUAAGAAACCAACCACUCCCAAUCAAACAACACAGAAACCAACCAUUCCCAAACCAACAACAAAGAAACCAACCACUCCAAAACCAACAACACGGAAACCAACAACUCCCAAACCAACAACACUGAAACCAACAACUCCCAAACCAGCCACUCCAAAACCAACAACUAAGAAACCAACCACUCCCAAUCAAACAACACAGAAACCAACCAUUCCCAAACCAACAACAAAGAAACCAACAACUCCCAAACCAACAACACUGAAACCAACCACUCCCAAACCAACAACUCAGAAAACAACCACUCCCAAACCAACAACACAGGAACCAACCACUCCCAAACCAACAACUCAGAAACCAACAACUCCCCAUCAGACAACACAGAAACCGACCACUCCAAAACCAACAACUCCAAAACCAACAACUCCCAAUCAGACAACACAGAAACCAACCACUCCAAAACCAACAACACACAAACCAACAACACACAAACCAAAAACUACCAAACCAACAACUCAGAAACCAACCACUCCCAAACCAACAACACAGAAACCAACAACACAGGAACCAACCACUCCCAAACCAACAACAGAGAAACCAACCACUCCUAAACAAACAACACACAAACCAUCCACUCCCAAACCAACAACAGAGAAACCAACCACUCCCAAACCAACAACAUUCAAACCAACAACUCCAAAACCUACAACAAUGAAACCGACAACACAGAAACCUACAACACCAAAACCAACAAAAGGCACCAACAACACCAAACCAACAACACAGAAACCUACAACACAGAAACCAACAACACAGAAACCAACAACACCAAAACCAACAACACAGAAACCUACAACACAGAAACCUACAACACAGAAACCAACAACACAGAAACCAACAACACCAAAACCAACAACACAGAAACCUAACUCCAAACCAACAACACCCAAACCAACAACACAGAAACCUACAACACAGAAACCAACAACACAGAAACCAACAACACCCAAACCGACAAUACAAAAAACUACAACAACCAAACCAACAACACCCAAACCUACAACACAGAAACCAAUAACUCUAAAAUCAACAACACCCAAACCAACAACACCUAAACCAACAACACCCAAACCAACAACACCUAAACCAACAACACCCAAACCUACAACACAGAAACCAACAACUCUAAAACCAACAACACUGAAACCGACAACACAGAAGCCUGCAACGCCCAAACCAACAACACCGAAACCAACCACUCCCAAACUAACAACACAGAAACCAACCACUCCCAAACCAACAACACAGAAACAAACUACUCCCAAAACAACAACACAGAAACCGACAACCCCAAAGCCAACAACUCCGAAGCCUACAUCUCCCAAACCUACAUCACCAAAACAAACAACACCCAAAUCAACAACCGCAAAACCGGCAACACAUAAACCAACAACGCAGACACCAACAACUCCCAUACCUACAACACAAAAACCAACGUCAGAUAAACCAACAACUCCAAAACUAACAUCACUUAAACAUAAAGUUACCACAGCACAACCAACGACACAACAAUCAGCAUCAACAGAAACAACACAAAAGCCGCCUAAGCAAAAACCACAAACAACAACAAAACCAAAGCAAACAACAUCAAAGCGAAUUACAGCUAAACCAAGCACAGCUAAGCCAGCUACAGGAGAGCCAACUGAAAAGCCAAUCAUAACAAGACCAAAUGCUGUAACACCAACAGGAAAGUCAACAACACCAAUUGAAAUCACCAGUACACAGAAAUCUAAAACUCCAAAACCAGAGACACCAAUGCCAACAACUGCACCAAAAACUACACCAAAACAUACCACUCCAACACAAGCAACAGCAAAGUCAACACCAAUAAUUGAAAUCACCAGUACACAGAAAUCUAAAACUCCAAGACCAGAGACACCGAAACCAUCAACUGCACAACAAACUACAUCACAAUAUACCAUACCAACACAUACGAUGGCAAAGUCAGCUGCACAAAAGCUGACAACACCGAAGCCAACAGCACCAAAACCAACAGCAAAAACACCAACAACAUCAAAGCCAAUCAGUCCAAAGACAGUGACAACCGAGCGAACAACAAAAAUACAUACACUUUUCCCCGAAACAACUCCUAGAAUUACAAACGAGCCAACCACAGAAUUACAUAUACAUUUCUCCGAAACAUCAACAAUCCAUAUUAAUCCAACCACAAUACAACAGAUCGACAUGGAACAAGAUCUACCCGACAACUACAACGCUCCAUUUGUCAAUCAUCCUACCAUGGUGGCCACAGCAUUAAUAGCCGCACUGUCCUUCGGAGUCAUCUUCUUCUUUGCUGUUACAGCGAUAGUGGGGAAGAGGUGUUACGAUGGAUGGCAGAGGCGCCAUUACUCUAGAGUUGACUAUCUAAUCAAUGGAAUAUAUAAUUAGGACGCCUUAGUCUGUGUAUUGAUAAUAUUAUUCAUUUGAAAGUAUUAUUUAGACCGUCUCAGUAUGUGUGUAUCCAGUAAUAGGUUCGUCCAAUUAUUCUGAUGCCAGUUUCGACCUUCUCAGAUGACAGAUACUGAUAGUUCAUGUAUACUUCGUAUCAUGAAGCGAAAUGAACACCGACGAAAAGGAAUAGUGUAUGUCAAGGUUGAAAAGAACUACGGACCAAUGUUAACAUCAACGUAAACUCAAUGUUUCGCUUGAACAUUUAUCAUAUGGUGUUUGGUAAAUAUUUGACUCUGUAGAGAUAUCACAUGUUUGUAUAGAAAUCUGAUUCACUUAUGUUAAAACAUAAGACAAGCUAUACUGUAUGAACGUAAAAGUUACGCAUACUUAUUUGUUGUAUUUAUUCGGCAUUCACGGUUUUGCUUUAUUCUUAAUCGAAAUCCCUUAACAUGGUUCAAAGAGAUUAGAUAACAAGUUCAGUGUUCAUAUACGAACAAAAAAGGAGGUUAACUAAGUUCGCGACUAGAACUCGUUUUAAAUAUUUGUACCUUCUUUGAUUUGUAUAAAUUUGUGUAAAUCAAUCGCUGUGUUACUGUAGAUGAAGCUAUAUUGGGGAGUAACGCAUAUGCUAGAACAUUUUUCAGAAUAUAAAGUAUAUAUCCAUUUCAAGGAAAUAUCCUAUCGUCUCCGCCCAUUUGCGUCACAUAUUGCAGUAGGAAGAAUUGAGCUAUUCCUUAAUGACGUUCACAUUUAUUUAUAUACCCUAUUUAUGUGUGUGAUGAUAAUGCAUUUAGUUAUAAUUCAGACCUAAUUUACGUCUACGGUAUAGUUCCAUUCUGAGAGAUGUUCUCGUCUGAUUCAUGUUCACUUAUUUUGUUAAAGUCUCACUCAUUUAGUUUAUUUUAUCCCAUUACAUUAAAUGUAGUUUAUGUCUAAUUUAAUUUAACAUAUAUUGGUCCAUGUCUGUCUCAAAUCUAAUUUAUCUUUCUCAUAUUCGCCUUCGAAAAUUUAAUUUUAAUAUAAUUGUGUGUUAUGUGAUAUUCGCACAUACAGAGGUGUAAUGGUCAUAUAUGUAGUUCAGAAAUUUGUCAUUUCCUCGUUUGAAGAUAUCAUGACUGUUAUUUGGUGAUUUCAAUGUAUUUUCGACAAUCAAAUAAAUGAAGUCACUAUCAACAUACUGUUUUUAAAUUUCAUUCCAUUGUAUUAAUAUAAACAUUAAAUGGUUUAUGUAAAAUUAAA